AUGGCAGUGAAAGCAAACGCAGGUGCGCUAACAAAUUUCGAAGUUCUUAACUUAAUAAACUCAAAAGGUGCAUCAAAGAUCACUACAAGAGUUAUAGCUGCAAUUGCUAGAUCAGAAUACAAGUCUUUCAGGUAUGAUUAUUUGAAUGAGACUGUUGCUUCCACUCAGACACUAGAGAGCGUUACAACAUUCUCUGACAAGUGCAAAGAUUUCAAACUCGCCAAAGCUGAGAUUCUCAAUAUAAUCAAUAUCCGGCCAUCUGUAGAUUUCAAAGCCUUACUGGAUCUGAUCAUUGAGGAGCCCAAAGAAUGGGGGAUCGAUACAGAUGGAAUACUAGAGCUCGUGCAGGAUUUUCUACCGCCUCUUCCUGUAGUGGAAACUCAAAUGGAAAAAGACCAAGAUGAAACAAACAACGGUGAAGAAUCGUAACAAGCAACUCCAAUUUUUAAUUUUUGAGUUUUUUGUUUUUUUUACAACAAAAAGCUAGUCAACCUAAGCAGAUUUCAAAUCCGUUAGCCACUUCGGGGAAACUGAAUCAACAUAAACCAUAGCGUAAGGCAUAUUCCGAGUACCACGUGCUAGCUUAUCUACCAUUGUGUUUUUUGCCCUUGGGAUAUGUUGGAUAGAGAAAGUUUGAAAAAAAUUCCUUACAUCGCAAGAAUUCUUCCAUAUGUGUAGUAAACGGUCGGCCACUAUGUAGGUGUAGACAUCAUAUUCACCAGUUGAAAACAGUCAAUUGCGAACACCACCUCUGAGAUAUGAAAGGUCUUCAUAUACUUCAUUGGCCAAAUCAGCGUCUCACAUUCAACAUGUAAAGGUGACAGAGUCAUGCGUAUGUUCAUGGCUCCCAUUAUAGUGUUAGUAGAUCAUUCCUUCCUAUAAAACCAACCUUGUCCUCUAAAAAUAUCUUGUUCUUUCCAUGCUUCGUCAAUGUAACACCAAUUGGUGCCAUUUAAAAUUUGAUUCCCAGGUAAUUCCGAAAAGACUGAAUUGAGGAUUUCUUAAUUUGAGCUUCAGCCCACAGAGCACCUUCAAUCUAUGCCUUUCUUAGAAUAUCAUGUGGAUCUGUGGUUUUAUUUUUAUAAUCUUAUCAUUAUGAUUUUUUCAAAUAUACCACAAUAUCCAUGGAAAAUAGCUUAAGUCCGGUUCUUUUGGAGGUUUCCAAAAUAGAUAGUCCAUAUUAGUAAAUAUUGAUGGACUAGGGAAAGUCUAUGGAUGAGAUGAAAUAUUUGAAAUCGUUCAAAUCUGAAGUGCUGGAGGACAUUCAAAGAGAACAUGAUUAAUUGAUUCUUUUUCAGCUCCACAUAUCUGAUAUUGCAUGUCUCAUUUGAUAUCCCGAGAUUGUAGAUUUUUUGUAACCGGUAAGCUACUUGAGAUGAUAUGCCAAACAAAAUGUUGUAAUUUUGGUGAACAUUGUAGCUUCCGCGAAUAUGCUAACAAAGAUUUUGUAUCUAGACCAAAAUAUCCUUGCUGAGAUCCUAAAUCAGGAUAAAGUUUUUCCACACAAUGUUGUGAUUUAACAGUAUACCCACCAUCAUACAAGAAAUAUGAGUAUUGGUAGCGGUUCGCGGUAGUACGAAAUCAUCAACUACUACUGAAAAUGCCAAAAUCGGAUUACAACUCUAUUAUAGCAUUAAAUUCACGCCAGGAAAGCAAAAUCAGGUUCGUAGCCAGAAUGUCAUUUUGGAAGCAAAAUUUCACAUUGGCACCCAAAAACUGAGUUUUGGUAGAAAUGGUUUUUUGUUUUCCAAAACGUUUCCGUUUUACAAAGAAAAAAAAAUCAUUAUCUCUAUCUUCUCCUUCAUUGUUUACUUGAAUUGAUCUAUCCAUUCCAUUCCAAUUGAAGAAACACAUAUGGAUUGGCCUUGUUCAAAGUCAAACUCAGAACCCUAAUCCGUCAAGCCGCCGUAGAUUCUUUUUCUUCGUCUUUCCCGGACUCCAUCCAUGGUGAAUUGGCUCCUUCGCCUUCUCUUCCCUUCGUUUUAUCAAUUUAAAUUGCACAUAAACUAAAAUUCUAGAGGUCAUCGACUUAGAUCUGCGAAACAACAAUCUCUAAGAAACAGAAGAUGAAUCCUCGGACAAGUAUGGCUCAGCGUGAAGACAUCAUUAGAAGAACUGUCUGAUAUUGACGAACAUGUCACCGAGGAGCAGCUUGAUAGUUUGUUCAUCGGCUUUGGGAAGGUCUAAGUCUCUUCUACAAGUUCAUCUUUGUUUGUUUGUGGUGUCUUCUUUGUCAUGACUGCUUUUGGUUUUUGACUUUUUCAUCACAUUCGAGCUCUGUCACCGCCAAUCUAAGAACAGAUAUGGCGUUGUGGCAAAUGCUUGGAUGGUCAGAAGGAGAAAUGAGCUCUGAUACAAAGCCAUGUUUAAGGCUAUAUAUAGAGAUAGACUGCUGCUUGCUGUUUUCACUGUUGGUAGAGCUCUUUGGUCAUGGGUUUUAUGCAGAUUUCACUAUGGCAAUAAGGAUAACAAUACCCGGGGCCUGACAAUACCAGCCUAAAAAUCUGAAGCUUCACUCCCUUAAACUAUCAAUUGGUAUCAUAGACAGAGCAUUGCAUAUGCUUCAUCGGCCUGUGAUACAUAGGAGAUAUGGAGAUUAGUUGAGAAAGUGAUGGUGAGCACUAUAGCCAUAACAUUCCUCGUUCUAUAUGGAAGUAUGCAAACAUGUCCAUGAUAUCUUAUUUGAUUUUUUCGGAGGCUUCUCUCUAUAUUUUGUAAAUAUUUUUGUUCUUCCAGAUAUUCACUGUAUAUAAAGAAAAAUAAAAUGGUUAAUGAAAAUAUAUUUUAAUUUAUUUAUUUACUGAUA